UCCUCUUAAUCUUGCAGAAUCAUUGAUCAUCGCUAUUGAACACUCAUUGCUAUAGUCAGCUGUAAUCUUGGAGUAAUGAGUAAACUCUUGGAAUUUUAUAAUGUAUAUGUAUAUCAUCUCUCGUCUUUACAUCGCUCAUCUAGCAAUCCUGUGGUAUCAUCCAUUACGGUCAUAUUGCUGAAUUCCAGCAACGCUACACCUUGGCAGCCAGUUGUUAAGUUUAAUGGGUAUUAUCCCGAGUACCUUCAAACCAGAAUGGUAAAGCUGCGGAUAGCCUAUAGAAGACUUGGCAGUGGUGAGUCCAUCAUCGGGAAAGCUGUAGAUCGGAGGGGUAUGCGUCUCUUGCACUUCUGUAUUGUGUUAAUGUCUAACUUUUAUCCUGUAUCAGUACCUUUCACAUCUUCUACCUUUCACAUCUUCUACCUUCACAUCGUCUACUUUCACAUCUUCUACCGCUCAGAUUGCUACUGCUAAUAAUAACCUGUAUUAAUGCACACUUGAUAAAUCAUACAAAGAAAAAUUUCAUGACUGGAAAGAGUUCGA